AUGAACCAGGAGCAAGACUUUUGCGAUGAUUCUGAAAACACAGGCCUACCUGCUCAUGUUCAUCACGAUACUGGCACGGCCAUCGACACCAGCCCUGAUUUUAUGCAAACACAGCCUUUUGACAUCGAGUUUCUUUCAAACGAAACAGGCAUGCUCAAUGACUAUCUUCUGGACAUUUUCCCGCAUAUAGACUAUCAGGAAGUAGCGUUCAAAGACGACUCUCGUCAUGAUGGCGGCACUGAAGCACCGGCCGAAGCACCAAACUCUAAUACACAUGUUUCUCCAGAUGUAAUUCAAGCCGGCGGGCCACCGAGACAGUCUGACAAUGUAGCCGACCAAUCACGUGUUGUUGACCACAAUCCAAGCUCAACAAGACACAUGGAUGAGGAGCACAGCAGGGUCAACAAAACACUCGACGCCAUUGAUGACAUUGUACCAACGAAUCCAUGGUCCAUUUCCACCGCAGCUUACGACAGGUUGGCUGCUGAGGUCAUGAAGCACAAACACGUCUUGCCAAGUCCCUACACUCUGCCCAGCCGCCAUAGGCUGUCCAGGUUUGUCGCAAGCUGGAUCCGUGGCUUCCACCCUCACCUACCCUUUCUUCAUCUCCCAACAACCAGUCUGGAUUCCAUGACGCCCAUGUUGUUGUUAACCCUUGCAGCUACCGGCUCAUUCUACGGCUUUGAACACACUCACGGAUACGCCAUGUAUUUUGUUGCCAAGUCCAUCAUCACAGAGGAGCUCGAGAAACGUCGCCAAACAGCUAAUCUAUACCUGCUCCGCAGCUUUCCUCGAUAUGCCCGACUUCCCACCUCUCCACAGUCUGCCACGACAUUCCAACCAACGCCACCGGCCACCAUUGACAUGGAACUGCUCCAAUGUUUGCUAGUGCUUGUCCUCACCAUGUCUUGGCUUGAUGGACCUCUUGCUCAAAAUGCACUCGCAAUGAGCAGCCAGCUUGCCUCACUCACUCGUGAAAGCCUAGCCUGUCUGCACUUGACUGGCAACAACGACAACUGGGUGGACUGGGCCCGCGACGAGGAACGGCGUCGCACCAUUUUUUCCGCCUAUUUUGUUCUAAACAUUCAGACUAUUUGCUUCAAUGUGCCGCCCCAAAUCGCCGUUUCGGAGAUGAACCUGCCACUCCCAUGCUCGGAAGCGGAAUUCAAGGCCUCGAAUUCCAAGGCCUGGUGUCGGCUACAGAAAAAGAAUCCUCGCCGGCCAGUAUUCGCACACUGCCUCGAGCAGCUUCUCUCCGGGAGACCCCUGGAUAAGCAGGGGCCAGUGACGGAAUUCGGCAACUACAUGCUUCUGCAAGGCCUAUUGGUGCAAAUCUACUUUGAACGCCAGGCCGCAUCGACUCUAGUAAAUCCGACAUCAAGCCUGCCGACAAGCACCAUCUCGCUAUAUGAUUCGGCCAUUGAUGCGUGGGAGUCCUGUUGGGAUCCGGCCAUCGAAUCUGCGCUGGACCCAUCGGCUUCAUCUCAUGGACCGCUCGCCUUCAAUUCCACCGCCAUGCUUCGCCUGGCGCAUAUCCAUCUCGCCGUCGGCCUGCAAUGCCAGUGCGCGCUUCGCUCGCGCAACCCCAGGGUCAUCGCGCAGGCGUUUGAAGCACAUAAUCCCAUUCCGCUGCGUUCCCCGCACCUGGACCAGGCAGCUUCGCAUGCCAUCUACGCGUUGAGGAUACCAAUACGAGUCGGCAUCGCUUUCGUAGCUCGUGGCCGAACGGGGCACUGGAGCGUUCAGCACGCCAUUAGCAAUUUUGCUUGUGCUCUCUUCUUGGCCCAUUGGCUGGAAAAUAUCUUCGGCCUGGUUUCUUCGAACCCCGACGGGCUGGAGGGUCUCCGGUCUGAGGAGAAGCGUCUGCUCUUUACCAUUGAGCGGCUCAUUGAAGAAACAGACUUGGAGGACUCUCUGGGCCCAAAGGACCUCUAUCCUAGUCGCAUACGACGCCUGGCGGUAGCUGUAGUGAGACUCUGGGCCGAGACAUGUACGGGCAUUCAAGUUUUUGAGAUUGUACAUGUUAUUGGGGAAACGCUUACACUUGUGGCAGAGAUGAUUGAGAGCCGUCUAUGA